GACCGAGGGAGCAAGGGUGGAACUUAUGGCGGAGGGAGUAUAGAAAGAAAGGAAGAAAGAAUCGAAAUAACAACAACGGGCAUUUCUAUGCAUUUUUCUUUCUCUUUCUUAUCUCUCUCUGCCUUUCUCUUUUCUAUCUCUGCAACUGCUUUCUUGACCUCUUUCUGUUGAAUGACUUGGAUUUCUCACUCCAUUUCUGGGGAGGAGUUUUAAUUCAUAAGCAUUUUGUCGCAUUAUUGUAAAAGUGAAACAAGAGUAGUUGGCGUUUGGCUGGACCUUUUAUUUUUCCUGUAAAAUCGGAGUGUUAAUGGUAUUCAUUUGAAUUUGGUUGUGAGAGGUAUAGCUUGCUUCUGGCACUGCAAUGGCGACAGAGGGCAUCUUUCCAUUUUCUGUGCAUUCUGUGGUGGAGGACGUCCUCCGACAACAUGGAACUCGAAAGAGAGGCAUUGAUUUGGCUUCAAGGAAGGCUGACGAAGCAGCAUUGAGAAGGUAUGAGGCAGCUGGGUGGCUGCAAAAGACAGUUGGAGCAGUUGGGGGUAAAGAUUUGCCAGCUGAACCAUCGGAGGAAGAAUUCAGACUUGGAUUGAGAAGUGGAAUAAUACUUUGCAAUGCUCUCAAUAAGGUUCAACCUGGUGCGGUGUCGAAGGUGGUUGAAAGUCCUUGUGAUUUAGUUCUUAUCCCUGAUGGAGCAGCCUUAUCAGCAUUUCAAUACUUCGAAAAUGUGAGGAAUUUCCUUGUUGCUGUGCAGGAGAUGGGCCUUCCAACCUUUGAGGCAUCUGAUCUCAAUCAAGGGGGAAAAUCUGCAAGGAUUGUAGACUGUAUUCUAGCACUCAAAUCCUACAGCGAUUGGAAAGAAGCAGGUGGAAAUGGUCAGUGGAAAUAUGGUGGAAAUUCCACCACCUAUGGAAAAAGUUUUCUAAGGAAAAAUUCAGAGCCUUUCACUAACUCAUUUUCAAAGAACCUAUCAAUUAACGAUAGGUCUCUGGAUGGUCUCUCCACUGACCAAAAUGGUGAUCCAGCAAAUGAUCAUACUGAAAUGAAUACAACACGUUCUUUAAAUAUGCUUGUACGUUCAGUUUUUUCAGAUAAGAAGCCUGAAGAAGUUCCAAUGCUGGUGGAGUCCAUGCUAAGCAAGGUUGUUGAGGAGUUUGAAUGUCGUCUUGCAAGUCAAAAUGAGCUGAUGAAAACGACUCUUAAGGAUGUGGCAAAUUCUGAUGACAGCAGGUCUCUUCUGAAAACUUCUUCUGGUGAAAUGAAGAAGAUGAAGCUGGAAGAUGAAAGCAUUAUUAAUAUGAUGAAAGACGAGUUUUCUGAUGAAAAAUCUGAAGAUGACAAGGAAUCGGAAAGUAGUAUUGUGAAACAACAAGUUCUCCUUGACCAAAAAGAAAGAGACAUUGAGAAGAUGAAGGUGGAAGAUGAAAGUAUUGUAAAUUUGAAGAAAGACAAGUUCUCUAAUGAAAAAUACCAAGAUGAUGAGAAACCUAAAGGUAGGCUUGUGAAGCAACAAGUUCUCCUUGACCAACAACAAAGAGACAUUAAGGAACUGAGGCAGACACUUGAAACUACAAGAGUGGGUAUGCAGGUUAUGCAGGUGAAAUAUAGUGAGGAGUUUACCAAUCUUGGUAAGUACAUACACAAUUUAGCUCAUGCAGCUUCUCGUUACCAUAAAGUUCUUGAAGAAAACCGGAAGCUAUAUAAUCAAUUGCAAGAUCUUAAAGGAAGCAUUAGGGUCUAUUGCCGAGUCAGACCCUUCUUACCCGGUCAGAAUAAUAGUAUGAGCGUGGUGGAUAACAUAGAAGAAGGGAACAUUACAAUCAUCACCCCUUCAAAAUAUGGGAAAGAAGGGCGUAGAUCAUUCAAUUUCAACAAAGUUUUUGGUCCAUUUGCAUCCCAAGAGGAGGUCUUUUCAGAUACCCAGCCUUUGAUUCGUUCUGUCCUUGAUGGUUACAAUGUUUGUAUAUUCGCAUAUGGUCAAACAGGAUCUGGGAAAACUUACACUAUGACUGGACCCAAAGAGCUUACAGAGGAAGGCAGAGGUGUAAACUAUAGAGCAUUAAAUGAUUUAUUUCUUCUCUCAGAACAAAGAAAGGAUAGUUUCUCUUAUGCUAUUUCUGUUCAAAUGAUGGAGAUUUACAAUGAACAAGUCAGAGACCUGCUUUCUACUGAUGGUGUUAACAAAAAAUUAGAGAUUCGUAAAAGUUCUCAAAAUGGACUCAGUGUACCAGAUGCAAAUAUUGUGCCUGUUGCAUCAACAACUGAUGUUAUUGAACUGAUGAAUCUUGGACAUAGGAAUCGUGCAGUGAGUGCAACAGCCCUCAAUGAUCGUAGUAGCCGCUCUCAUAGUUGCUUGACAGUUCAUGUUCAAGGGACAGAACUGACAUCUGGAACUACUAUUCGAGGGUGCAUGCAUUUAGUUGAUUUGGCAGGAAGUGAGAGGGUUGACAAAGCUGAGGUGAUAGGAGAUAGGCUAAAGGAGGCACAACAUAUCAACAAAUCUCUUUCUGCUCUAGGAGAUGUGAUCGCUUCACUUGCCCAGAAGAAUUCGCAUGUUCCUUAUAGGAAUAGCAAACUCACACAACUUCUCCAAGAUUCUCUUGGUGGGCAAGCCAAGACGUUAAUGUUUGUUCAUAUAAGUCCUGAGCCAGAUGCCAUCGGAGAAACAAUUAGCACACUUAAAUUUGCUGAACGGGUUGCCACGGUUGAGCUCGGUGCUGCACGAGUAAACAAAGAUGGUGCAGAUGUCAAUGAGCUCAAGCAACAGGUUGCUGGUCUUAAGGCUGCCUUAGCGAGGAAAUCAGGGGAACCAGGGCGUCAUCAACGUUCAAUGUCAAGUAGCCCUGGGAGGCAGAGAACAAAGGCUGGCGGAUCAUCACCUGUAGGAGAUACAUCAGGUGGCCAUAACAACCGUAGACAGCCCAUGGAGGAUGUAGGAAAUAUAGAGGUACAGAACAACUUUGUGAUGAAAUCAAAGAGGGCGAGUUUUGAUUUCCAUGACAUAAGUAAUUCAGCUCCUUGGCAAGCUGUCAACAGUCCUAUACCAAAUUACCCAACAGAUGAUGAGAAAGAGGCAGGUUAUAAAGAUUGGGUUAGCAAACAGGAACCUGCAAAUCAAAAUGAAAAUACAUUAGGACAGUUGCCUGAACUUUUUCACCAGAGAGUCUCCCCAGAUUCAAAAGUAUUCCCAGAACAAUCAUGUAAUAGACUAACUACAACUGAUGAUUCUGAUGAGCCGGAAGCUGCAGCUUGUGACUACUCAUCUGAACCAGAUUUGCUUUGGCAAAGUAAUCUUCCCAAAAUCAGCAUGAUCAACAAUGCUGGGUCAAAGAUGAAUAAAUCUCCUAAGCUGGCAAAGAGCCCAGAACCAAGGAGUUCAAUACCCAUGCCUGGUCCCUCGCCAUCGCGGAAGCUAUCCAAUGGUGCAGGCCCACCGCGUGGAAGGCAGUCAGUUUCUGCUGAUGGAAAACGCCGAAAAGGAAAUGGGAAGUGAUACUCUCACUAGAGGUGGUUUUUCAGGUUUUCUUUUUAAAUCUUGUUGAGGCUUGAGAUGGUUGAUAGUCAGAUCUUUAAAUAUGGUCCAUGGCAGCAAUGAUUCCAGUUGCUCGAUUUAUUUUGGGGUGAUCUCCAAAGGAGUGGUUUCCCACCUGUGUUGUGUAAUUUCCAUUUGUUAUCCAUUUAUUUGAAAUUCUUUGUUGGUUAGCUCUAUUCUUACCCAAAAAAGAAAGAAAGUAGAAAAAAGUUUUACAGUUCCAUUUAUUUGUAUUUUAUCCCACCUGAUAUUUUGGUUGUGAGUUCUAACUCUCGCCCAAAACUUAAUUCAUGAGUGGAACGGAUUGUCUGAAGUUGCAAGUACAACUGUUUUAGCUCUGAAUCACCGAUUAUAUACCUUACCAGGAGAUUUAAAA